GCUGCACAAUAGAUCAAUAACAGAUCAAUAGUCCAGUCAGCCAGAUGAAAUUAUGAUUAUCCUCCUAUUGUUCGUAUUUGGAUUAAUUGCACCAGAAUCAGCAGGUUCAACAAAGAAAGGAGUAUGUGUCAACCCUAGCAGUUAUUUGUGUGAUGAUUUGACAGUUUUCAAAACAGUCACUUGGUGGUAUGACUGGAGUCUGUCCCCAGCCUAUGAGAAAAACACGAACUGUACCAACAAGCCUCGCCAGGAGUAUAUUCCUAUGGCCUGGGGAUGGUACCCCAACAGAAACAUUACUGGAAAACUACCUACUGAUUCAAGUGGGUUUUAGGAUUCAACGAGCCCAAUCACAAAGACCAAUCAAAUAUGACACCUAAUAUGGCAGCCAAAUACUGGCCACUCCUUGAGCAUGAGAGUGGAAACAGAAUACUGAUUUCUCCCUCAUCCUCCCCUUGUGGAGGGGGACCAUCAUGUAUGUCAGAUUCAAUUGCAUGGUUCGAUGCGUUCUUUGCCGCAUGUAAGAACUGUCGCGUAGAUUACAUCGCAACUCAUCAUUACUCAUGCGAUCCGGCACAAACCGCUGAAUAUCUUCAUUCAAUAUACUCACGCUACAAGAAACAAAUAUGGCUGACGGAAUUUGGAUGCCCCUAUACCCAGAAUGCAACUGUUGUUAUGGAAUACAUGAAAGGAGUGUUGCCAUGGUUAGAACAGGCUGAUUAUAUCUACAGGUACUCCUGGUUCAUAACACGUAUGGAUGACACUCCAUUUAUUCAUAAGGACAACCAACUGCUAAUUGAUGGCAAAUCUGAACUAAAUGAACUGGGGAAAUUCUAUGACAAUUUCAAAAAUGAAUAGAUAAUCUAUUUUACGUGUAUUUCUAACAUAUGCAAGCAUUAGUGCCAAAAGUAAAGAAAAAAUAGUAUCGUAUUGUAUUUUGGUUACCGUCAUACUUGGCAAGUAAUACCUCAUAUCAUUGGUAUAUUCCGUAUUACUACGUAUUUUACACUUGAAGACAAAGCCAGAAACCCCUCCUUAGAGGAGCCCUGUGUUCUUUUGUGUGCACCAAUACACAGACAUACAAAUACACACCACAGCCCUUUGUAUGAGUUGUGGACCAUUCACAGUCAAACACAUAAUACACAAACAAACUUGUCUGAACCAUGAACCAACAAUUGUCGCUAAUGUUUAUAUCUAUUAACCUUGGCAAUACUUUCUGUUGUAUAUGAU